AUGUCGACGAACAACUUGGCCACUUCUAGUGCUGUGAAAGGAUCAGACAAGGUCAUGAAGGAGGCCUACUUUACGGAGCAGGAUGCGACGAAGCUUUACUCUGAAGCUUUCACGGUUUCUGGUUGCGAAUGGAGAAUUCUGGUAUUCCCCAAGGGGAAUGCCCCGGACCAUUUGUCGCUGUACCUCGAUGUCCCCGAUUCUGCGACGUUGCCGAACGGGUGGACCAGAAAAGCCAAGUUCAGCUUGAGUGUGAUCGAUCAAGCCAAUAAUGGUCGCUCUGUUAGAAAGGAAACGCAACAUGAUUUUAAUGCAAGUGAUAGUGACUGGGGUUACACGAGUUUCAUUCCAUUGACUGAGCUUCAUGAUCGUACUGGUGGAUACCUAGCAAAUGACACUUUGUUGAUUAAAGCUGAAGUCUACAUCUUAACAGUUACUCCUCCAGUGAACAUUCAGCCAGCCAGAACAACUGAUAAGUUUGACUCCUAUUUUAUUGGUCUGGAGGAACUUGUCAAUGCUGCUGAGACUAAUGGUGUUGGUGUAGGAUCAAGUUCGUGCCACCAAGAUGGUGCUUUGGCAGCUGAAAUUCCUACCUUAGAAGAAGUUGAGAAAGCUAAGCAGUCUUUGAAGGAAUGUCUUUCAGAUCUCUUUAAAUUGAAUAUGAAAGAGAGGCUAUCUGAGGCACUAUCAACUUUAAGCUCAGCCAGAACUGGAUUAUCGCCAGAGCAACAAAUAGCAAUUGAGACAUUUCGGGCCAAUUUCAGUGAUUUCACUUCCGACUUCUUAACAUUUGAGCAGGACAAUGCUGAGUUUGAGCUGCAUAAACUACAAAAGGAUAGGAGGUUCUUUACUAUGAAAAAGGGCCAUGAGACUCACGUCUUGUAUAAGCAGUUAAUGGAUGACCUCGCCAAGGAAGAGGAAGAGCUAAAAAGAAAGAUGGAGGAAGUGAAGGAAGAGCUAAAAAGAAAGAUGGAGGGUGUGAAAUCUAGGAGGAACAAGCUCCUUUCAGACUGGGAGAUCUUGCUGGUCGACUCCGAAGAAGCAAAGUUGGGCUAUAAAGAUGAGCUGAAGAAGUUAGCAGAGGCUGAGGAAACAAAGAGAAUAGCUGAGGAAAGAAUGUCUAGAUCGACCACUGCUUGGUCAAAUUUGAAGGCUCAAUUCUGUUAAAACUAAGGUUUCAAAUUGGCUAUGAGGCAAUUGUUCACCUAAAAGUAUGAGUGCUGUGUUUUAGCUUGACCAUUUCUUGGCCAUUUUUUUAGCAUAACAAAUGCUUAGAGGGGCUUUUGUGGUUGACCCUGUAUCAUGUUUAGUCAGCAUGCUUGCAUACAUGUAUGUAUGUAUAUAUAUUAUCAGAAUUGUGAUGCA